UUUGACUUGAUUUACCAAAUAUCUACUAAAUAGCUACCCAUAUUCAUAAAAGAUCAUUUUCGUUUAUUAACGAAUUGUGGAAAAAUUUGGAAGAAGUUAUUUAAAAAAAAGUUUAAUCAUCAGAUAUGAAUUUUCGGAAACAUCUUAUGCUACCAGAGCUUAUGCCUCUUUUCGCUUGUGUUGGAGCUGGAAUGUGCAUGGCUGCUUGCUAUACUAUUAGACUUGCUACAAAAGGUCCAGAAGUCACUUGGUCCCGAGUUAGAAAUCCUGAGCCCUGGCAAAAUAUUCCAUUCAACAAAUCUGUCAAGUUCUAUACAGUGAAUGAUUACUCGAAGCUGACUCCUCCUGUUCCAAAUGAAGCAUUAGAAGCCGUCAAGGGAAUAUAAAAUGGCCUAUUAUGAUUGCUAACGGUUAUUUGAUUUUAUGAUUAAUAAGAAAUAAAUUGAUUAAACAAAUUUUA